AUGGAUUUUAACCUGCUGACGGACAGUGAAGCCCGCAGCCCGGCGCUGUCGCUCUCCGACUCCGGGACCCCGCAGCACGAACAGGGCUGUAAAGGACAGGACACCAGCGACACAGAGAAAUCCCAGCAGAACCAGCUGGAUGAGUCCAGUGCUGAGGAUAGCUCUCUGAAGAAAAAGCAGAGGCGGCAGAGGACUCACUUCACGAGCCAGCAGCUCCAGGAGCUGGAGGCCACCUUUCAGAGGAACCGCUACCCCGACAUGAGCACCAGAGAGGAGAUCGCAGUGUGGACCAACCUCACCGAGGCACGGGUCAGGGUAUGGUUCAAGAACCGCCGGGCUAAGUGGAGAAAGCGGGAGAGGAACCAGCAGGCAGAGUUAUGCAAAAAUGGCUUUGGUGCCCAGUUCAAUGGACUCAUGCAGCCUUAUGAUGACAUGUACACAGGCUACUCCUACAACAACUGGGCCACCAAGAGCCUAGCAAGCAGCCCGCUCUCCGCAAAGAGCUUCCCAUUCUUUAACUCAAUGAAUGUAAGCCCCCUAUCAUCCCAGCCUAUGUUCUCUCCCCCCAGCUCCAUCCCCUCCAUGAACAUGGCCUCGAGCAUGGUGCCCUCAGCAGUGGCUGGGGUUCCCACUACGGGGCUCAACAACCUGGGCAACCUCAACAACCUUAACAGCCCCACGGCGCUCAACUCGGUAGCGGUGACCGCGGCCACAUGCCCCUAUGCCACCACAGCCAGUCCCUACAUGUACAGAGACACCUGCAACUCCAGCCUGGCCAGCCUGCGGCUCAAGGCCAAGCAGCACACCAACUUCGCUUAUCCGGCAGUGCAGAACCCUGUGUCCAACCUGAGCCCCUGCCAAUAUGCUGUUGACCGGCCGGUAUGA